AUGGAACUUACGCACAUCGAAAGCCGAAGGCAUAGGCUUAUUCGUGAAGGUAAAUGGAUGGAACACUUGCGUCAAAAAGAUGCUUUACGUAUUACCAACGUCAUUCGCGAUUAUGAUGACUUAGAAUACUUGGGUAAUAUAACAAUCGGUACUCCGCCGCAAUACUUCCAAAUUGUACUGGACACGGGCUCUUCAAAUUUAUGGAUUCCAUCGGCAAGUUGCACAUCUCUCAGCUGUACGGUUCAUAAUCAGCUCAAUGAAACAGCUUCAUCGACAUAUGCAAACAACGGUACAUCAUGGCAUAUUGGUUACCUGGAUGGAUCCGGUGCUGAUGGCGUUCUCGGUACGGAUAUUGUCCGUGUGAGCUAUUGCCCGUUUCUCUUCGAAAAUUGA